CCAACAACAGCAGCAACAGGCCCAGCACCACCACACACAGCUGAUGCUGGCCGGCAGUCAGCUAGCAGGGCUUGCCGCUCUCCUCCCAGCCCAACAACAGCUGCUCCUCCAACAGGCUCAGGCUCAGCUCCUGGCAGCAGCUGUUCAGCAGUCGAACGCCGCUCACGCCGCCCAUGCCGCCGCGCAGCAACAAGCCAACCAGCAGCAGAACCAGUCACAGUCCCAGCACCAACAGCAGCAGCAACAGUCAACCAAACAGGAGCAGAUGGUCAAAGCCCCGCCGCCACAGCUGGCUCUGUCACAGCCAAUCCAGCUCACAGCCCAGGACAUCCAGCAGCUGCUGCAGCUCCAGCAGCUGGUUCUGAUGCCGGGUCAUCCUCUCCAGUCUCCUGCCCAGUUCCUCCUGUCUCAGCCGGCACAGGCACAGCAGCCACAGCAGGGUUUGCUCUCGACACCAAAUCUGAUCCAGCUACCUCAGCAAAGCCCAGGGGGGCUAUUGACAACCCCACCGCGCCUGGGGCUUCAAGCACAGAGGGAGAAGAGCAGCGAUGUUGUGGUCGGUGGAAGCAGCAGCAGCAGUGGAGGCUCUAUAGUUGCUACUGGCAGCAGCGGUGUUGGUGUUGUGACAUCUGUAGGAGCUACCUCUGCGUCCAGCAGCACCAUGGCUUCCUCACUGACGUCUGGCUUGACUUCUGGAAGUCACGGGGGUCACAUGGGGGAAGAACCCAGUGACCUGGAGGAGCUGGAGCAGUUUGCCCGCACCUUCAAACAGCGACGCAUCAAGCUGGGAUUCACCCAGGGAGAUGUCGGCGUGGCCAUGGGAAAACUGUACGGCAACGACUUCAGCCAGACCACCAUCUCCCGAUUUGAAGCUCUCAACUUGAGCUUUAAGAACAUGUGCAAGCUGAAGCCACUGCUUGAGAAGUGGCUGAGUGACGCAGAAACCAUGGCAGUAGACAGCAUGCUGCCCAGCCCCUCCUCUAUCUCCUCCCCCUUGUUGGGCAUCGAGGGUCUACCUGGCCGACGCAGGAAGAAACGCACCAGCAUCGAGACCAACGUGCGAGUGGUCCUCGAGCGCAACUUCAGCACGAACCAGAAGCCUACCUCGGAGGAGAUCCUGCUGAUGGCAGAGCAACUCAACAUGGAGAAGGAAGUGAUUCGUGUUUGGUUCUGCAACCGCCGGCAGAAAGAGAAACGCAUCAACCCCUCCAGCAGCACCACCCCUCCCCUGCCCAGCCAGACCUCGCCUGUUGUUACGCACAAAGCCCCCUGCUACAGUCCGCACAUGAUAUCGAGUCAGGGUCUGUCCCAGGUCACCACCAGCCUAAGCACAACAGCUGCCAGUUUGUCACCUUCAGCAUCCUGCCCCAUGACACCCGUCAGCUCAGCUGCACUCGGUUCCGCCUCUUCUUCUCUGACUCCGCCUCCUCAUAGCACAGCCAGCCCUGCCCCUCCCAGCCUCGGGGCCCAUGGGCUCAACACUGGGAACACAAUGAUGGGAGUAAGCACAGGGAUGAACCAGGCCCUCAUUGGCAGCAAUCCCCUGGCUACCAUGCAAGCCCUGGCAGCCAGCAGCGGGCAGCUGCCCAUGUCCAGCCUUGACGGGGGAACAGGUCACAUGCUUCUGGGUGGACCUGGUGGUCCUGCUGUCCCCCCCUCCCUCCGCUCCUCCCUCUUCCUUAAUCGCCCAACCCUCCUCCCCAUGGUGACCGGCUCCAUGGUGACAACCUCCACACCCACCAUGGGACUGGUCAGCAGCAGCGGCAGUGGAUGCAGCUCAAGGCCUUCCUUCUCCCAGUCUCCACCCCCUGGUGCCAGCGACCUCAUGAGCCCAACCUCGUGCCCAGAGGAGUCUGCAUCUCCUUGUUCAAGUCCAGCCUCUUUCUGUUCCUUCAGCGAAGCUUCGCCGCCGCCCCUGGGAGGGGCCAUGGCCGAGUGAUCCCUGACAGAGAGCCGAAAUAUCCUAUCACAGGAGGACAAGGAGGAGGAAGAGGAGGUAGUAGAAACUAAAAAUCUAAAUUUACAACCUCACCUUUCAACCAAAGCCAUCUCUCUGUUUGAUCCAUCUCUGAUUUCGUCUCUCUCUCUCUCUCUCUGUGACUCCCUGCUGAAGUCUUCUGAAGCCAAAAAUAUACACAGAUGGAUGAGGGGAGGAAGCAAAGAGAAGGGGGAGGGGGUGGAGAGGAGAGAGAGUACUGCAGAGUGGAGGGAGGAAAUUCGAAACCAAAUAAUGAUCUACAUCUGUAGUGGUGGCACUGAGGAGUGUUUUGUUUGGCAUCAGGAAAGGAACACCGCUCUUUUUAUUGGCUAGAGAAAGAAAUAACUCGAUGAGGGCAGGUAUGAGAACUGAAACUGUGUGUGAGAGAUGGGAGGCAAAAAGAAAAGACUUGAAUAAGCUUGGAAGCUCUGCAAGGUGGUUGCAACCAAAUUUAAAAAAGAAAAGAUGCUAGAAGAGAAACACACACUUACAAAGAUGAAAACCAAAAUCUCCAAAU